AGGUCGCCGCGUACCAUCUGAAUUAUCGAAGGCAUCGCAUCAUUUCAAAACACAAUCAUUCACCAGGACUCAACAUUCAAAAGCCACUUCACACUUAAUUUUCAACAAAAAUUUCCAUCAGAAUUUACCUCUUUUACCAUAAUACGUCACCUUUAAAGUCGGCAUCAUGCGUACAAAGCAAACAAAAACAACAUCUAAGCGUACCGAACCAUCGAAAUCCAAGAAGCCAUUCAAGUCAACGGUGAAACCCACCCAGGAAGUUGCACCAUCAGAUCAAAAAGCUCACCUCUGGGAGAUCAAAAGCCCUUGUGCCGAGCCUACAGGGCAGUGGCCUAAAGGCGUGUCCUCAUGCAACGAUGGGUCAUGGCGGAAGACGAUUACAUGGCUCUUGACCAAGGUCAAGGAUUUCAUUUCAAAGCGCAAAGGAGGCUGCGUGUUAGAUAUCCCCCCUGGGAACUGUGUUAAGUUCGGCGCCCAAGUGCAUCUCUCGGAAGCGUUCGCACUGCGGCUAGUCGCGGAGAAGACAACAAUCCCUGUUCCCCGGGUUCUCAGUGCGUUCAUAAAAGAUGGAUCCACUUACAUCGUCAUGGAAAAGAUCAAUGGUAUUACUUUGGAGGAUGCUUGGGGGAAGAUGCCAGAUGCUGAGCGUCGCCUUGUUAUGGCCGAGUUGAAGGAUUAUUUUGAACAGCUUCGCAAGAUCCCACACCCAAGGCCCGGCACUAUAUGUACAGCCGCUGCAGAUGAUCAUGCGCUGUAUGAUCUUCGAAUUUUCCAUGGCGAUCGGGGGUUUGGGCCUUUCAGAGCGAGGAGGACUUCAAUCUAUUCCUUCGGAACGGUAAUCAGAGCGGGCAACCAGCUAGAACGAACGACCUGGAGACUCUGAUCCAAAUGCAAAGCAAGACCCAACACAAAAUGUGUUUCACUCACGGUGAUGUCACUCCUAGUAAUAUCAUGGUGAAGAGGUCUUGGUUGGGAAAGUACCACGUGGUUGCCCUGCUCGACUUCGAGAGGUCUGGUUUCUUUCCAGAAUACUGGGAGUAUGUUUCAGCCAAAGUUCCCGAGACCGAUUUGAAGUCGAAACAAUGGAACGAUGAGGUUGAAAACUUCUUGGAGCCAUAUCCAGCAGAAUUGGAGAUGGAUCGAAUCCGUUUGAAGUACUUCGGCCCUUAUGGCUGUUGGCUCUGACACUUGAAUCGAGCUCGCUUGUCACAUACUUGUACAAUCAAAGCGCAGAUCUUUAAAAUAUCACGAAUAGAAAUAAGAAGA